CAUCUUGCUAUUCACUCUGGACAAGAGGGAGAGGAAGAGGGAGAGGAAGGGGGAGAGGAAGAGGGAGAGGAAGGGGGAGAGGAAGAGGGAGAGGAAGAGGGAGAGGAAGAGGGAGAGGAAGAGGGAGAGGAAGGGGGAGAGGAAGAGGGAGAGGAAGAGGGAGAGGCAGAGGGAGAGGCAGAGGGAGAGGAAGAGGGAGAGGAAGAGGGAGAGGAAGAGGGAGAGGAAGAGGGAGAGGAAGAGGGAGAGGCAGAGGGAGAGGAAGAGGGAGAGGAAGAGGGAGAGGAAGAGGGAGAGGAAGAGGGAGAGGAAGAGGGAGAGGAAGGGGGAGAGGAAGAGGGAGAGGCAGAGGGAGAGGCAGAGGGAGAGGAAGAGGGAGAGGAAGAGGGAGAGGAAGAGGGAGAGGAAGGGGGAGAGGACGAGGGAGAGGCAGAGGGAGAGGCAGAGGGAGAGGAAGAGGGAGAGGAAGAGGGAGAGGAAGAGGGAGAGGAAGAGGGAGAGGAAGAGGGAGAGGAAGGGGGAGAGGAAGAGGGAGAGGAAGAGGGAGAGGAAGAGGGAGAGGCAGAGGGAGAGGCAGAGGGAGAGGAAGAGGGAGAGGAAGAGGGAGAGGAAGAGGGAGAGGAAGAGGGAGAGGAAGAGGGAGAGGAAGGGGGAGAGGAAGAGGGAGAGGCAGAGGGAGAGGCAGAGGGAGAGGAAGAGGGAGAGGAAGAGGGAGAGGAAGAGGGAGAGGAAGAGGGAGAGGAAGAGGGAGAGGAAGGGGGAGAGGAAGAGGGAGAGGAAGAGGGAGGGCACUUGCUGUGAGGUGCAAAAGACAACCUGAGCGCAUCUACUGACAAGUUGGUAUAAAGGAUGGAGUGCGCC